AUGCUCACCUACCCUCUCAUCAUCUGGACUGCCUUACAAGGUGUCAUGGGAGUAACUCUGGAGCUACCUAUCUUUCGUAUGUUCAUGCACAAUGGUGAUAAUAAUCUAUAUCAGCCUAUACAAGCUGACGGUCAACCUCAAAAUCCCAUCGUGGAUACUGGAGCACCCUAUGUAUUUUUUGUCUGGAAGGAUUGGUAUGAACAGCAAACUGGUACGGGUGCUUGUACGACUCUCACAGCCCAGUGCUACUCCUGUAUUAGGAGCUGCUCGCCCCAGCACACGCAGACCAUAAACUUCGGCGGUGGAGUGGAUGUCACUAUUUUCCAAAACGCUGGGAAACUUUCUCUUGGUACAACAUCAUACGAAGGUAUGACCUUCGGUCUGGUCUGUGGUAGGUCUCCCCCUCCCCCUCACGCUGAACCUCACGCUUCAUUUGGCCUGGCUAAAAUCAGCGACCCGGGAUACCCCUCUAUCAUGGAUCAGCUCUUAAAGAGGAGGGUGAUCGCGCAGAAGGUAUUCGCUCUCUACCUACACCCGGAUCAAAGUGGGACAUCUGGAUUCGAUGGAUCCCUACUUUUGGGUGGUGGCAGUUCUCGGGUGUACAAGGGUCCUUUACGUUUUGUACCAACAGUCUCAUCUAAUGAUUGGAAUGUAAUGCUGAGCUCUGUCCAGGUUGGUAGUGGGCACACGACUAUUGGUAUUAAACAACACCUACUCCUAGAUACUGGAAGUAACAACAUGUAUGUCCCGAGAUUGUAUUUCAGCUCACUACUAAGAGAUAUCAGCCAGCAAGCCAGCCAAGCGGCUAAGGCUAAGGUGAAAAUUGCUUACCAGCCAGGAUAUGGGGUAUGGGCUAUCAAUUGUGCUUAUCGCGAGUUCAUGCCGAGCAUUACUUUUGGACUACAAGCUCUACAAGGAGACGUAUUGAUAACCAUUGAUAGUUUGAGUUAUGUCCCGAUGCGAUCCGGAAUAUGUUUUCUCCAAAUUAGAGUUAAUGCCGAUGACGCCGAUGACAUGUGGGUCCUUCCCGACUAUACGCUAGUCGGAAAUUACCUCGAGUUUCAAGCAGCCCAGAAUCGUAUUGGGAUUGCCAAGUUAUUGCCAGAGCAAUAG